ACACAGAGAUUGUGGAGUCGAGGAGGUUAAGGGGACGGCACGAGAGGGAGGACGCGCCGUCCAUCACCAUGAAGCUCGUCGACCAUGUGGUGAGGAGCUUCAAGGUGGCCAAGGUAUUCCGCGAGAACACCGAUCGGAUAAACAGCAUCGACUUCUCGCCGAACGGCGACACGCUCAUCUCCUGCUCGGAGGACGAUCAGAUCGUCAUAUACGACUGCGAGAAGGGCACGCAGGUGCGGACGGUCAACUCGAAGAAGUACGGCGUCGACCUGAUACACUUCACCCACGCCAAGAACACCGCGAUACACAGCAGCACCAAGGUCGACGACACCAUCCGCUAUCUCAGUCUGCAUGACAACAAGUACAUACGCUAUUUUCCUGGUCACACGAAAAAGGUAGUGUCGCUAUGUAUCAGUCCUAUCGAGGAUACUUUCCUGUCCGGUUCCUUAGAUAAAUCCCUGAGACUGUGGGACCUGCGCUCGCCCAAUUGCCACGGGGUGAUGAACGUCUCGGGACGUCCGGUCGCGGCAUACGAUCCCGAAGGUCUCAUCUUCGCCGCCGGUGUCAAUUCCGAGAACAUCAAGUUAUACGAUCUCCGCAGCUUUGACAAGGGGCCGUUCGUCACCUUCAAGCUCUCCCAGGAGAAAGAGUGCGAUUGGACCGGAUUGAAGUUCAGUAGGGACGGCAAAACCAUCUUGAUCUCUACUAAUGGUAGUACGAUUCGUUUAAUUGACGCUUUUCAUGGUACGCCCUUACAGACUUUCGCCGGAUAUCUCAACAACAAGGGGAUCGCCAUAGAGGCCAGUUUUAGUCCGGAUUCCCAGUUUGUGUUCAGUGGCUCCACGGAUGGUAGAGUGCACGUGUGGAAUGCAGAGACCGGUUACAAAGUUUGCGUGUUGAACGGUGACCAUCCAGCACCGGUGCAGUGUAUUCAAUUCAAUCCCAAGUACAUGAUGUUGGCAUCUGCGUGCACCAACAUGGCCUUCUGGCUACCCACUAUCGAUGAAAACGCAUAAGACUAAUUUACGACAAAAUAUGCGGAACAACGCCAGAGUCUAUGCCUCGUAAUAGAGAAGGGAUAAGGGGGAGAGACGGACACACAGUUGAGAAUAACAACCAGUCGGAGGAUGUUUAUGACUCGUUCGAGCGAAUACAUUUACAUUGCAUUUACAUUAUAUGUACAAAACUGGAAUAGCUGUCACACGCGGCAUACCAGUUCUGAAACGUACCCGAGGGAGCAAACAACAAGUCACGAGGGAACUCUGAACGUUUGGACCAUCGCUCGCUCGUUCGCGUUUCGACAAGGUCCAUCGCUGUCGUCAUCGACGUCAUUGUCUUCAUUAUACCAAUAUAGGAUGAUCCAUGUCCUGUAAACGUUUCGAAUGUGUCUGCUAUACACAGCCUCUUCCUGCGUAUCUGUAUGGAAUGGUGUUUAACGCGGAACGAAGCGUGUCGUAUGCAGGAAGGGCCAACUUGUUUUGGAUUUCGUCCGUUCCCGGGCACUCGACCGCCUUGCCCGAUUGUGUUCGAGAAAACUACCGAAUUUUGUCGCGCUAGUUGUUGCAAAACGCCUACGACGUAGAACGACACUGUCUGGGAGCAAUACCGUCUUCGAGAACUUCGGGUGUUGAGCUAAACGUAGGAAAUUUUACACCCAGCUAGAGAGACAAGAUUCUUUGCGUAUUCGAGUAUGAUACAGCCUCGUGCGAUUGAAUGCACUACAAGGAGACGUUGUGCACUGACGAAAUCGGAUCAGCGAUUUAUUAUUCUCGGCUCAAUAGUGCAACGGUGAAAUUGCACUGUACAUUGUUACAUGCGUCUAACGCCUUACAUUUUUGAUAACCGGUCACGCACGUUGCUUCAGAUACGACAUUAAUAUGUUCACUUAAUUAAGCAAAGGCACGUGCGAGCGCUCUCCGAAUAGUCAUUCAGAUCCCAUGUUUCGACAGGCAGCCCGUUAAGUAUCAAAUCUGAUUGUAAUAUCAUGCGAUUCGCACGGCCGUAUAUAGGAUAAGUUUUUUAGGCUGAUCGAGACCACUGGAAAAUCAUUGCGCAAAAUGGAAUUCCAAUGUUCUUUGUGAUAUUAAUUUUGACAUUGAUAACUUUGUCCAUUUUGCGACACGAGUAACUGACCGUGAUCUUAGAGUUAGUCAUCAGCCUUCAGUUCUUAUCUCACCACCCAUUUAACUUUCAACAUACGUAGCUCUAGCUAAUGCGAGAUAACGUGUUUUAUCUCAUAGUUACGAGUGAAAACUUAAAGCUGUACGAACCAUGUAAUUAGAUAUAUAUGAUACAUAGAAAAUAUCACCUCUUCAGUCAACAGAAGUAAUUUUCGUACAAGUUCAAAUUCGUAGAUCGUUCAAUGUCGACUCCGAGAUCUUCCUUAUUCCUGUAUGCGGCCAUGCCAGUUCUUAUACGUAGAGAAGAAAACACCUAGGGCGGUACUUGUAAUCUAAUCUUACAUUCAAGAUAGUUUUGACUCUGGUCACAAACAGAUUUAAGAUUUCAGCCAACUAAAUGACUACAGUUUCGAGAUCGUAUUUAAGAUUAUAAGAUCAGACUAUGAAUACCGCCCCUAAUUGCGCUCUGUGUACAAACGCGUACGCACAUAUUCGAAGGCGAGAGAAGAACGUAAUUUAUACUUUUGACGAAUUCCUGGUGCACCAAUAAUUGAAGACAGCGAGGAAGAGGAGACCGACAUACGAGGGAAAAGGUUUUACCGUCGUCGUCGCUUUCGGAACAAACCGUGCUUUUCCCCAAGGAAGGUCGGAGAUUAUUUCUUUCGCGUGUGUCUUCGUCAUCGCGUGAGAGGUUUCGUCGAUGGUGGCAGCGUCGGUCUUAGCUGUCGUCGAAGACGAGGAUGUACCGGAAGACGCACUAGAGACACGCGUCGGCGCGAAAGCGAUAAAGUGACCGAACAUAUUUAUUAUGCACGAUAAGAAGUCAGUUUUGUAUCUCAUCGGCGGUAAAGGUGUAGGAACAAGGGGAAGAGGAAAGGAAGGAAGAAAAGGAGACCUGUCGCAAAUUUACGAAUAGAUAAAGAUGUUGUGGGAUGAUAUUGCAGCGACAUUUUCACGUUUAUCGUAUUGCAAUACGGUAAACGCUUGUAAUCUACGCUCGUGGAACCGGCGGGCCGGGUAAAAAACACGUUUGACGUUUGUAGAAAGCGCGAUUUUUGUUUCCUUUCUUUCCCUUCUUUUAGAUGUAAUUGUAUUUCACGGAUUCAACCGGCAAUACUUUUUCGGCGUUUAUACGUGACAUUGGACGGUAGUACGACUCACGGUUGUUUCUCGGCGAACAAAAUCUUAUUUAUACGUAUGUACACGUGCAACACGUGCACGCAUAGGAGCUUCGUACUAGCCCGAAAACGACUUGUGAGACUCGACGUCCGAGUUCUAUUCUGCCUCCGAAUAACGCGGCGCGAACGAAUAAGCGAGCGUCGUCGCACAUUUAGCUUUGUUUCUUCGUGAGAGAAGAAAGUCAGAGAAAGAGAGGAAAGAAACUUCGCUGUAUCCCGCGCUGUCCGUAAAGCGUACAGAUGUUACGAUCGCACGAAGCUGCGCGACGGCGAGUCUUACGUUGCGAUCGUACGAAUGUCCGAUUCUUCCGUUCCCCCCCCCCCCCCAGAUCUCUCUCUCUUUCUCUCUCUCUUUUGCAAUUUUUCAAUCCCGCUUCCCGUGGAAGUGCAAAAAAUACACUAUAGCGAUCCAAACUCGACGAUUGCUCGAUCUAUUCGAUCGCCCGCCGCUCCUGUCUCCAUCAUUUCGUGCAUGUAUAUACGAUAGUAUCCAUUAUUUCCUGUAGACUUUUCUAGACGUCUCCGUUUGACAUACCUAUAUUUCGUGCAAGAGCGUGUGGCAUAUAUUUUAUUCGAUAGAGAGUGUACGUGCGUGCGUGCAUGUGUAUAUGAACGAAUGGUUGUACUGUGCGAGUGAUUAUUAUACGUUUGUAUCCAGUGCAAAGUUCCGUCUGUGUGAGCGUGCGAUUUCCAUGGGCGAGCCUCCUGCGUUGUAAAAUAGUAUUUUUUAUAACGGCGACGUGGUGUGCGAGACGAGAGAAUCGUAUUGAUAGGGCGUACCUUGUGAACUCGCGCAGGACGAAUCUCGCGUGCGCUUUCGCAAGGGGGGAGAAGGGGGAGGAAAGAACUAAUUGCAGAGGGGAGUACAAAGACCUCGACCCUUCGGCUGCACAGUUUCGACCGACGUGUUCGAGCACCCCUGCGAGGUUCACGCUGAUGAGAACACCGUCAAUGUAGAAUCAGUUUCUCUUAGGAGUAGCGCAUCACCUAGUUUCGUUUUUUUUAAAUUGUCUAUAGGAUAUAAGGGGCGCGCCAAGCGUCUAAGAAAAGCGCUUCAGAUUAUAAAUAUUUAUUGCAUUUAUAAUUUAAAGCACGCGUGACGUGCGUUCAGCAGCUCGAACGCAUUUGCCCGUGUUAACGUUACGUUGCACAUUAAGGCCUCGCAUAGAAAUUCUAAUUUGCAAUUACCAUACGCGAUUCAAUUGUUGUUAAUUACACUUCAAAGAGACACUUGGGCCAGUACUCAAAGAUCUUAUAUUUAAAAUCGUCUUGGGAUCGUCUUUAUGUGCUCCAAUGAAAAAUGAUCUAUACAGCAUCUUAGGAUAAACUUAAGACGGUUGAAUAAGAUCCGACUACCGACCUUGUUGAAUGUUAUCUCAGAAUUGGGGAGUCUGGUGUCACUUUGUCUCUUCUCUUGCGGUUUUAUAUACACGGACACUGCGCGGCAAAAGGGUUGAGAGUCAAUCGAAUUGCUUCGAAUGUCACGGAAACAUGAUCCACGUAUUUAGAUUAAACACAAUCCAACACACGUACAUACUGCCAGCCAACCGAGCGAGCGCCCGGCCAACGCGGGCCCGCGCCUUCAAUCUCGUUUCGACGUCGAGAAUUUUGAGAGCCCUUAAAACCGAGAGCGUAUCGACUGUACUAUUAUUACGACUAUACCGCUGCUACUAUUACUACCGCUACGUUAAGCGUAUAGAUUAAACCGCCGGUUCGAAGCCCUACUCGGUCGGCGAACCAGCUCGCACCCGAAAGCAACGAUACGAAACCCUGUAUUCUCCUCUUCGGCGUGUAGGGAAAAAAAGUGGACGCGCGCACAACAAAUUGUAAUAUAUAAUAUCUUUGUAUUACCGCCGCGCUGUUAGGACUUGCAAAGGAGAUGGAAGUAAACGGUUUUAUCGAUCGAAUUUAACGUCUCUCGCCCAAACUCUUUUAUUAUAUUAAAAAUUGUACGGUCGGCUACGGAUGUAAGCACACGGUCUCGUAGGAAUACGAGCAAAGCUCACAUUGUACACGAAGAAUCGUGCAACGUCCCGCGUACGUGUCUAUCUACUAAAGCCAACUCUGGUACUGUUCUUACACCUCAUCGUUACACCGACGAUUUUUCUACCGAAUAAAUUCGCGAGGGUCCUGACGAGCUAGUACGAUGCGAGGACGAGGUGCCUCGAGAGCGAAAUAGGUCAUGCCGCCGUCGUACAGGAUGGUGUUUGACGAGAGAGCCUGGUUGUUUGAGAGAUCCGGCGGACAUUAACGGGUUUAGUAGACUGUUGCGUGAACAUGACUACGUCCCUCCUCGAUUAAGCUCCUUGGUUCAUACGGUCAUUUAAUAUAGGGAUUUGGAGAACUCGAAUUUAAUCUAAGAAAUAUAUAUAUAUACAUACAUACAAAAGCCCCACAAGCGAAGCAAGCAAAACUUAAAAUCUAGGGAGAAAGCUAUCUAGCUUAAGUUAAGUGCGUUUCGUAAGAAAGAUGUUACAUGUGAUGGUUCUCACGUUGAUGUAGCUCGCAUUGCGUUCACAAAAAGGUACGUUGUAACGGAAGAGACACUCGAUGGCGGAUCUUGUGAUUCUUCCAAGUUCCUACAUUAAGUCUUCGUGCGAAUUGCUUUCCGAUAGUCAAUUGGACAGAAUGAAAAUAGGAAGACCCACGCUCGCUGUUGAUCCUGACCCUCGGGGGAAAUUUCGUCGCGCGAUCGGUACCGGGCAGGGCUUCGUGCCGAUUGCUGUAAGCUGCAUGCGUUUUAGAGUACUAGGAACGUAUGACAAUAUAGACGCGUCGCAUUGUAAUUGGAGCGAUUCGGAUCUACGUAAGGGAACGGAAAUUCACACGAAACUGUGUAUAACGUGUCUACGUCUGCUGAGAGCAUACGCCAAAUCAAAGAACGUGACGUUUCUCUUGUUGCAUCCUGAUUGGCUGGAUUUCAUCUACGGGAUUUGCUUCAAAUUGAUGAGAUGCACUCGACGUCCCGACUUGAUUCAUUUCAAUUGGAAACAUAUAACGAUAUGAUAAAAAUGUGACACUCGUCUUCGACAUUGUUCCAAGAGACUAGUAGACGUGAAAUUUAUGUACGGAUGUACCGUAUUAUUUUCUGUGUUAAAAACCGCAAGAAGAUUGACCGACCAGAUACCAAUCUUGAUUAAUGGGUCUUUUUAACAAUUUUGACAAAUUUGACGCAUCGCAAACUGAACAGAUAUUUCAUCGUCAUUAAUGACAUUUUGUUAAUAUAUAAUCGUUUCAAUUGUGGGCUGUUUCAAGAUGGAUGUAAAUGUGAACAAAAAGCGAUGUAAACUUUCGUCCGCCGGCAGUUGGUUGUCACGACAUAUCACGACGUAUUUGUUAAGAAAUUUGUUAGGUUGAAAUUUUCACUUGACAGGAGAGAGGCUCUCAAGAAGUGUACAAAAAAAGGAAGGAAUCUUCUCGGAUCCUUCUUGGAAAUGGGUAGUUAACAAUAGUUUAGUAUGCAGGCUGAAUUGUAUUUUUUAUUUUUCUGUAAAAACAUUUCGCGCACGAGUUUACUAAAAAAAAGAAUAAUGAAAUAAAACACUUUUUUUGUACAUCUAUUUUUUUGCCUUUU